GGGCUAUGUGGUGUUUAAGGCUUCGCAGGCGGUCGUACCUGCGCAGGAGUGGAGCGCACUGUGUCUCCGGCCGGCUGGCGUAUAGUACCGGCGCGUCGCUCCGUCACAGCGCACGCGCACUUUCUGAUAUCGUUCUCUGGUAUAAAAGAGUACGCGUCCUUUACGAAGCCCACUCGCACUCCUACCACACCGGGCCAACAGACAAACAAACAAAAUGGCUUACAGACACAGCCAUGACCACGAUGACGAUACAGAUGGCAUUGUAUUGGCCAAAGGCAUUUCCAUGGUGGUGCUUUUCUGUGCUUCCAUGAUAUGUGGUCUAAUACCUCAGAUCAUCGCGAGAAAGUUUCGAUGGCUCUCCGUAGAAGACGCGGGGACGUUCAAGUCUACGAACCGGGUGGUGAUGACUCUGCUCUCCUUCGGAGGCGGUGUGCUGCUCUCAACGACUUUCAUGCACGUGAUGCCUGAAGUCCAAGAGAACAUUGAAAAUUUGCAAGCGAGGAACAUUCUUCAAGAAUUUGAUUUCUCACUGACUCCCCUAUUGACGUGCUGCGGCUUCUUCAUAAUGUAUCUGAUAGAAGAAUUGGUGCACAUAUACAUCCAUCACAGAGAGAAGAAUAAUGGACAGACAGAUCUACUGGUCAGAAAUUUGAGCGUGCGCAAGAGCCGCUGCACAGAGGGACACAGUAACGAAGCUAAAAACUCUACUGAAUCAGGAAUUGAAUCACCCGAAAAGAAUAGGGAACAUGAAGCGAACAACCACAAUCACGCAAAGCACCACAGCCACAUGCCUAUACAAGUCGGUGAUGACGUCACAUCCGCGCUUCGAGGUCUGCUCAUUGUUCUAGCUCUUUCUGUUCAUGAGCUCUUCGAAGGCUUAGCCGUUGGCUUGGAGAACAGCACUUCCCAUGUUUGGUACAUGUUGGGCGCCGUUUCUGCACACAAACUUGUCAUCGCAUUCUGUAUUGGUGUAGAACUUAUCGCAACACGUACGAAGACUUGGUUGACAAUUGUGUACAUCACAACGUUCGCAUUUGUUUCGCCCCUCGGUAUCGGCAUUGGCCUGAUCCUGGUAGGAGGGGAAGGAGCCGCUACCCAAGUAGCGUCUGCUGUCCUACAAGGUCUUGCUUCGGGUACACUCGUCUACGUCAUCUUCUUUGAAAUCUGGAAGGGAGAUAGAUCCGGGAUCCUACAGUACAUAGCGUCAUUGUUCGGUUUCUUCCUCAUGUUCGGAUUGCAACUGCUAACUGGUCAUUCACACAGCCAUUCUCACGGCGGCGGCGACGGUGAUCACGGACAUUCGCACGACCGCUAACCGUGCACCACUGCUUCGUCUAUAAAUAAUUUAGCAUAUUAUUUCGUUAUAUAGUCAUAUGAUAAUACCUAUGCUAAAAUUCUACGAAAAAGCCAGUUUAAAGAAUACAAAGCUCAAAAUCAUUGUGUUGGUCAUAAAACGAAAACUAAUUAAAAUAAAACAGACGUAGAUCUCCUUAGUUGGAAUCAGUAUUUUUUGUAAAAAGUAUUGAAGGGCUUAUUCAUCUAUUUGAAAUACAAGUGAGAUUCAUAAAUAAGACACGACUACGGCUGUUUAGUUAAGUAAGUCAUAGGUUAAAAUCUAGUCACGUUUUUAUAAAAAAAAAAAAAACAUAAACUAGACGUAGUUAAAAAAAUACCUGAUUAAGUUUGAGGGAAGAAGUUAGGUACAAAACGAAUUAUGCUAUGUAAACUCAACAAUAAUAAUAUGUAAUUGAAGUGCGUAAUACAAUUUCCGGAUAUAAAAUAGACAGCCGAUUUUUUGUAGACUUUGUAAAUAUCAAAAGUUUUUUAUCUGUGAUAAUUAAAAGUGAAUUUGUAAAAUGAAAGUAACUAUUCGGUUAGGUCAUACGUUGAAUUUGUAAAAUGAAAGUAACUAUUCGGUUAGGUCAUACGUGAAGUUAUAAGAAAUUUCUAGAUAGAUUUUUUGUUACCAUAUUAUUAUAGUAUAUACAGUGUACUAUGAAUAAUUGUCUGCCAACUAAAAAUUUACAAAAUAAAAUUCUUCUUAACAAAAUUAACGAUGCCACUCUUCGAUCAAUAAUAGUACUAGAUUAAGGAUCAGGAACAAAAAUAAGACGCUCCAGUGGCCACGUUUGCAGACACGAAAACAUCUUCAUUUCUUAGAAAAAAGUUUAAUAAUGUUAACGACUUCAGUUUAUUAUAAACCUUAAUACUUAAACAUAAAGUUUAAUUACCAUUGCAAAAUAUAUGUAUUUAGGUCCUUUCGUCAGAAAAAGAAUAUUAUGGAAUAAAUUUAAAAUGUCACUUGAACAUAAAAUGUCAUCAGUACAAAAAUAUUUAUUCUAAAAUGAUACUUAAAGCCUAAUUUAUAAGGUUAAAAAUAUUUGUUUAAAAUUUCGUGCUUAUUGUAUUGUGGAACUAGAUGUAGUUCUUGGUAUUACAUUUCAAUGCUCAGAACACAGUAAGUAUUGAAAGACAUGGAGUUGCAGAAUAUACAUAUUUGUUUUAGGUUUGUUUUGUAUGGUCGCAGCUAUUUUUGACCGAUUCAAAAAAGUAGUAGAUAAUAUUUUACAUUGCCGCUAUUACAACAAAUAGGUGAUAAAAAAUAAAAUUGAAUAAAGUAAAAAAAAUAUGAAAGGAAACACGAAACAUGUUUUCCACGUAUUCUUUAUACAGAAGUAAUUAAAACAAUAAUGUAGGUUUAAUUACCUUUAAACAGAUUCAGUUUGUUAUAAAGCUGUCUUUUAGAAGUCAUUUUUAUAUGAGCGGUUUCUUUUUUACAAAUAUAAUGUAAUCUUAUAUCAAUGAAUUUUUCUAUAAUCAGUUUAAUUUAGGCUUAUUUUAUGGCUGUGUUCGUUUCCCCCAGAAAACAAAUCCUUUUCAGCAUAUACGCUUAAAAUAUUUACACAUACAUAUAAAGUUUUUUUAAUACUUUUUGCAUUGAUUUGCCACCACCAUUGAACAAUUCUAGAAUUUUUAUAAGGGUUCUAUAUUUCUUCUCCUCUUUCUUUCGCGACAAUAUAUAUCCGUUGUGCACAGCGACAAGGGGCUACUAGGAAAUCUACAAACAAAAAUAACAUUAUAAAAUAACAAAACUACUCUAUGCAUUCCCUGUCCAAGAAUAGGUGAUGUUUGUUACAAUAGUUGGUGCCUUGUUGCAAACAUUGGCCAAACAAUUACAAUAUUCGUAAAUUGUGUUUUAUUUACAAUAUAAUUGUGUUUAUUAUUUUAUGAAAAACACUUAAUAAUAUAAAUUUACCGAAAAAAGAUAUUCCUUCCAAAACCUUGGUGUUACGGUGGUUUUUUACUCAGUUUUUGAACGCGCAUUGCAGCGUUUUGACGUCUUAGUGUUGGCUAUGAUUGGACCAUACUAAUUUGAAAUAAGACCACAAAUUUAUUUGUGGUCUUAUAUUUUUUCGGGCCGUUUUUGAAGCGCUAAUCGCGAAUCUAGUAGUAUUAUUGAUCGAAGAUGCCACUAGUGGAACGCCGUUACUAUAACAAUAAAAUGAUCUUAACCAAUAAUUAUGUAUAUCCAAUAAUGAAAGAAACGUGUUUGUGAAUAGUUUUAAAAAUAAUUCAACACAAAACAGGUAUAAACUAUGCUUUUUAAUUUAUUAGUUUUAACGAUUUAUUAUAAGGUUUGUUACCUCUGAAACAGGUGCAUGACUGCACGACAUUAUUUUUAAGACGGUUUAGUUUAAAUUUAAUAAUACUUUGCCCACUUUGUUUGUAAGAUUUAUGAAAUAAAUAAUAUAUUUAAAAA